GACCGGGUGGGUAUCUUCUUUCCAAACAAAGUUUCUUUCAGCCAUUCAUUCCGGUGACGAACUUUAACCGACUUCAGACCCAUGCUUCCGACUUUGCGAGAUACUUAAUCCUUUGGAUGGUUGAUUGAAACUCAUUUCGUGUUCGAUUUUUAUUCCAGGUUUAGUCGUGCAGGUUCGCCAGCCGAACACCACCAACAUGGAGACCAAACCCAUCGCCAACGGCGUCGCUCCCUCCGAGGACGUCACUGACCACGGCAACUCGAAUUCCCAUCCCGACCGUCCUGACGUCGUCGAAGUCGGCAUCGACAACCCGACGAUCGAUCUCGGAGACGAGGUGCCCAUCUCGGUUCACAUUAUCCGCCCCGAAGAAGCCGGCAUCGCCCCGGUAGUCAACCACGACAGCAUGCCUAAUAACAAUUUCAUGAAAGAUGGCUAUGCCAAUGACCCCUCCGCCACCGAACUCCUCAACGACACCAAAGUGGUGGAGAUGGAGAUGGAGGAUCGGACAAGACUGCCAGUUAAAGAGGAAUAUGAAAAGGACAAUGAUAAGGAAGACGAUGAGGAGAGAGAAACGUGGGGAAGGAAAAUUGAUUUUCUUUUAUCUGUCAUCGGUUUUUCAGUCGAUCUAGCGAAUGUCUGGAGGUUUCCAUAUUUAGUAUACAGAAACGGGGGAGGAGCAUUCCUCAUACCGUACGUAUUGUUUCUACUGAUCGGCGGAAUGCCCAUGCUGUACAUGGAGCUGGCACUCGGACAGUAUAACAGAGGGGGAGCUAUUAGUGUUUGGAAGAUCUGUCCAAUUUUUCAAGGUAAGUCUGUGUUGACCACUUAGAUGACAUUAACGUCUUAUUAUUUACUUUAUGCUGUUGUUUGUUAGUGUACUAUUGAAUAAUCAACAGUUCAUAAUCAUUGAUUUAAAGAUAGGUCGCGCAUUUUACCUUGAACCAAUUUACUUAGUGGGGGCGUCGUGGUCUAGUGGAUAUGACUCUCGUCUUUGAGGGACAUGGGUUCGAUUCCCAGCCAUGGUGUGUUUGCCUUCAGCAAGAAAUUUACCCCAUUAAGCUGCACUCAACCCAGGUGAGGUGAAUGGGUACUGGGUAGGAAGAAAUUCCUCGAAUGCCAGAGCGCCUGUACAGGCAGCACGGCUAUAGCCGGGGUUAAAAAACAUCGGAGUAUUAUUUUGUUUGAACACGAAUAUCAAGUUAAGCUGUUACGAAAGGGGCCACUGUCCAACUUAAAGAAAACUUAUUAAUAUCAUACUUUUUAUUUCAGUACUUUAAAGUCUGUCUACGGUAAUGGUGUAAAUCAUACUCGAGUAUCAUCGAACAUUGCAAUUUUCGAAAACCGUAGUUUUUAACGCAUUUUUAUCUGUAAGAAUUUAAAAAUAUGCAUGGCAUUUUCCAGCCAUUAGGAUUUAAAUUUUCAUUUUCAGUAAUGUUUUUAUUUAAAACAGCCAUUUUGGCAUUUACCGUACAUAAUUAUGGUGUUACUGGAUAUAAAAAAGCUAUUGACAAAAAUGAUAUCCUGAAAUUUUCAGUCCAUUCCAUGCAUGAGGAUGUAUACUUUAUACAAACAAGACUUAUAUUUUUUUAUAUUGAUCGGAAACUCGAUCAAAAUAAAUUUUGAUGUAAAAUCGGUAUCCUUCACACUACAACUGUAUUGUGGCACAUGCAUUAAUAUCUAGUAUAUGAAUUGAAAUAGUGACGUGCACUUUGUGAGGAUUGACCAAAACUUAAGAUGGAUCUUAAUUUGUAAUGGAUCCUUUAAAAACCAAAUGAUUUGUUUUCUGAUGAUUCUAUUUUCCUUAAUACCCCACUUCGCUUGUAAGUUACCGCAGCAGGGCUGCUCCGGAUUAUGUUUCUAAUUUAGUACACUCUAAAAACUGGAGUGCUAAUUCAGCUCUUAAGGAGCGUGUAUAGUGACUGCACUUCGGAGUGCUGAUUUUCUCGUUCAAAUUCGAACUAAAAAAUCAGCACUCCGAAGUGCAGUCACUAUACACGCUCUUUAAGAGCUGAAUUAGCACUUCGUUUUUUAGAGUGUAAUUAAAUCAAAGUUGAUAUCCCUAAUAUCUUAUUUUGCGGGACUUUUUGCUGAAAGUGGGGGCUUUCACCUCCUAUACAUGCAGGCUUGCGUCAUUUUAUAGGCAAUAUAAGCAAAGGCUCUAUACAAAAAAGACCGAACAAUUUGAUUUAUCAAAUAAUAAAUCAAAUUCAAAAUGGUUAAUGGAGCAAGCUCGUAGUGAAUAUUAACAGAUAAUCUUUUGCAACGAUAUUCAAAUUUGCAUAGCCCUCCAUGCCUCGAGUAUGUAAAUAUUAAAAAGAAUAAAGAAGAAGAAAAAAAAUGCGCAUGAAAAGCAUUGUCUCGUAAGAAAAAAAUCAAAAUAGAUGAAGGUUUCGAAAAUGCAAAUUCCUUUUGCUAAAAAAUACAACAAAAAAAGCGUAAGACUUUUUCUCAAAGACUGCAGGGUUUGUGAUGAUUCUAUUAAUUUCAGCAUCUGAGUCAAAGGCAUUUUUUUAAAGAUAGUAACAGUAAGAUUUAAAAGCCCGUACAUUCCUAUUCAUACAUCAUUCUAUUUCAUUAUCAUAAAACGCAGUCAUGAACGAAUUGCGAAAUUAAGACCCUAAGAAUUUAUUUUAUCCCUUUAAGUGGGAUCGAUGUUUACAUUUAUGAUUGAUUUCUCAAAACAAAAUAUUUCUUGCUCGCGCAAUGAAUGAUUGAUUAUGACAAUUGAACAGAGAACUCAUACACGACCACCCGAAACAAGUCAGCACUGACAUGACUGACGGCGCUCGAUCGUAAUUCUGAUAUUAUUUGGCAUAUUAAGACUAUAGAAAUAUGUAACAUUUUUGGCAGAUCUCCACGUUGUAUACAAAGAAUCACAACGUUUCUUUGUUUUGUUUCAAGUAAAUCGUCAUUAUGUUUGGUUGAAAUAUCGGGAAAUCGUAAGCAAGCAUAUCGCAAAUUAGCAAGGCUUCGUAAAUCUACGUCCGUCCGGGUACAUUGUACAUACAAAAGUAUUCGUUUAAAUGUUGUCAAAUUGUGCCAGUUACACCCAGCAAUAAAUAAAUGCAGGUAUCUAUCAUACCAUCAGUGUAAUAUGAAAUAAUUGGUGAAAUUGUUCAAGAAAGCACCUGCAUGGGAUUUAAAUGACAAUAAAAGGGUCAUUACUGAGAUUGGUGGUGAUGGUCGUGGUUAUGAUACUUAUGGCGGUGAUAAUGUAAUCAAAAUAAUGGGGACGAUGGUGAUUAUGAUGGUGAUGAUGAUGAUGAUUAUUAUUAUAAUGAUAAUGAUGACGAUAAUUUUGAUGAUACUAUUCUUAUUCUUGAUGAUUAUUGUAAUGGUGGUGGUGGUGGUGGUUAUGAUGGAUAUACCGGUGGUGAUUGUUAUGAUUUCUGAGAUGGUGGCGGCGGCGGCGGUAAUGUUGGUGGUGGUGGUGGAGGUGACGGUGACACGCAUAAUGACAAUUAUGUUGUUGCUGGUGAUGGCGAUUAAAGUUGGGAGUUGGAGUUGUUUUCAUGGUAAUUAUUAUCCUUGACACCCCCCACCUCCAUCUCGUUAUCUUUAUCAUCAACCUAAUAAUCCCGCCUUAAAUCAUAUUCCCUACUGCCUGGCCACCAUACAACUUCCAAAUUUAUUAACAAACUCCCUUAACAUGCAACACGUGUGUUUGCAAAUGAAUAACAAGAAUCCGUUUCCAUGGAAACGAACUCGACCAUACGACAUUUACUCUGUUUACAGUCUUGACCCGUUUUUCUUGAAUUCUUGCAUUACUGACCGAAUAUCAGUGACGGAUUGUAUCACACUGUUCCAAUGACUAGUUCUACAUUUGUGCCCGGUCGUUCGUCAUAAAGUAUAAAUCAACCCAGCAAUGGUGAAUGGAGAACGAGAAAAAAAUGAAUAAAAAGCCCCGAUUUUCUCUCAGAGAAUAAGUGUGGGCGAUGAUAUGAAAACCAUCUGUUGACGAUAUAGCAUCCAUCGAUUCACGUAUACACUGUACUUGGUCACGAUUGUACUUACCCUGUUUCCUGAAGGGGUAUAUAACAAGGAUUUGGUACACCAUGUGAUGCAUUUUGUACAACUUGCAAUUCAAAAUUUUAUCAGUUUUCAAAUUUUUUCGAGUAGACAGCAGCAACCUCUUUUAUAUUUUAAUGAGUAAUGUAUUACAUUCAAAUAUGUUUCCAAAGACAUUUUUUUUAAGAUACAUGGAUGAAUAAGCGAAAAUUGUGUACGAAAGAUGAAUCUCACCCCCCAAAAAAGAAAAGAAAAUCGUUGAAAUUUAAACGAAGGCGACCAGUUAAUCAUUAUUCACUCCCUUCAAUUAGACCGAAAUAUCAAUGAAUCUGGCCUGCAUUCGUUUAUAUAUACAUUUUGUAUGACUUCAUAACACACGUAAGUUUUUAGAUGAUCUAAACUUCUGUUUGAUUUCUGCUGUUGGUGGUAAUAAAACUCUUGACGUUGAUCAUGAUGGUGAUAAUGAUGAUGAUGGUGUUGACGAAGGCGACGACAAUGCUGUUUUUUUUUGUUCACAGCAUCAUUGAUUGUUAUCAUCUGAGUUAAGACAAAAUUGUUAUGUUUGCAUUUCGUGUAAAGAUGGUUUGAAGAAUACUGAAUAUAGGUCAACAGUAGGCCUUGUAGACGUAUACUUCUCUCAUUUCUCUUCCUUCGCGUGCUUCCAUAUUGAGUAAGCUGACACGCUUGUAGUAAUAACUUUUGUUUAUAAGUACACUUGAAGUGCAUUCACCUCAUGUUUGAUUUAUUAUGUAUUUUCUCGCAACGUAUUUGUCACAUAACGCGAAAUUAGAGAUCAUGUUGGUGUCGAGGUCUGAAUCAAUCGUAAAACAUUACCCACCGAAUGACACUGUUUCAAAUCGUGUAAGAAGAUAGGCCUACUUUAUAUCUGUUGCAGAAAAACUAGGAGAGAAAGAGAGAGAAGCAAGGGGGUUGGGGUUGGAAUACAAAUGUUCAGCAUAAUUUCGAUAAACUAAAGAGCAGCUGCAUCGGCAAGAAACCCGGCAAGAACCCAACAAUUUUCUUUAGCGAUAUAGUGAAUAACAAAGCCUUCAACCUUGCAUCUUCGUUGGCCAACAGGGGUCAUACUCCCUAUACUCGAAAAUGACGAAGUGGAUUAUAAUCUGAAAAAGAGGAAUAUUAAAUAGCUCAUUCAAUGCAAUUAUAUCAAGUAUUUUUUCUUCCUGGAGGCCGUUCAAUGAUUUCUGCUCAAUCGACUUAACCAGUACCAAUCUACACCAGGGUAGGAAGAGGCAAAUUUGGAUUAGAGCCUUGCGAAAACUCGGGGCUACACAGCGUGUGAAAUUCCUUCCUAAGACAUUAUAUUAUAUCGCAAUGAUAAUCACUGACGUAAAGAUGAGGGGUUUGGGCCUUGGGGCCGUGCCCCCCCCCCCUCCCCCCAAGAUUCUCGACCUAGGAAAAACUC